AAAUUAAUAUAUAUAGAAUGUCUCAUAUAUCUGUUAAUUUUUUUACUGAUAACCAAUCUAAUGAAGAUGUGUGCAUUGACAAAAUUUUAGAGUAUUCAAAUGAAUUUGAAAAUAAGAUUUCUAAUUUUGAUAAAAAUACAUGUGAAGAACAGUGUGAUAAAUGCUAUUCAUUAAAUAAAUAUAUAAAGGAAAUAAAAAAUUAUUUAAAUGAGUGUACAGAUCAUUUUUUCUAUCAGAUAUAUAGAGAUAUAAUAAAGUUUUAUGAUCAAAAAUGUGUUAAUGCAUCAAAAUUUAGUGCAGAUACGGAAGCUCAUGAUGAAAAUUUUGAUAAAAUAGAAGUGAAAAAAAAUAAGUGUCAUGAAGGAUGUAAAAUCGAAAUACAAGCAACAGAAGAAGCUAAAUCACACUCAACAUCUGAAUCAGACUCGUCUAAAGUCAUAAUAUCAGAAGGAGAGCAUUUCCCAAGAACAAGUGAGGAACAAUUACGUCAUAAAGUAUCAGGUAAUAAAACCAUAGAUUCUCAAGAUCAACAGGGCCUCCAUGUUUCAGGUGAUUCUGUUGAAAAUGGAGAUAAUCCACAUGAAUUAUUAGAUAAUAAUCUGCUUAACAGAAUUUCCCCUGCAGAACCAUCGACAAGACAUUUAUCUUCCUCAGACCAUGGAUUAAAUAGUAAAUUGGAUUCGAAAGCAGAUGCAUCAUCUGAAAAAUCUAACCUUGAAAAUGAAACUUUUACAAUUAUUACUCCUCGAGAAAAUGGCUUAGAAACAAGUCAUCAUCAAGGAAAGCAACAAGAUGAGGAAGAUACAAAUAGUAAUCCCUAUAAUAUGCAAUCCAUUGAUCAUGAAGAUGUUGUAAGAGGAAACUCUGAUCAUUUGUGCCCUCCUGAAGAAUCUUCUCUUUCAAGAAAAAAUAGAGUCGAAGCUGUUCAUGCAGACAGUGGCGGCUUAUCUGAUACCGGAGUAGGAGUUAAUACAGAAAACCUCGGCGAUGAACCCACGGAUGUAUUUUCCGGUGACAGAACUCCCAUUCAUGUAAAAUCUAUAGACUUAACUCAUGGUGGUGAACAUUCUAGAAGUAAUGAUUCAUGUGCCAAGAAUAUUUGUGAUGACCAUACUAUGAAUGAUGUUAUUGAUAGUAAAACUAAAAAUGGUAUACAUUAUAUUAAUGAAAUUGGUGACAGUAAAAAAAAUUAA